AGCAUCAGUUUAGUUGACAGGAUAAAAUCGAUAUUUUCUCAGUUUCGCAGCAUCCGCAACAUUUAGUCUGAUUGCAUGUGAAUUCUAAUAUUAUUGUUGAUAUUUUAAGUGAUACUGUGCGAAACAUUACUUUUAUACCAAGAAUAAGAUAAAGCCUAAAGUUUUUCGAUUAUUGUAUUAACAAGAAAGAUGUCCGCAAAGCAAAAAUCAAGUGCAGGUGCUAGGGAUGAUGAUCUGUCUUCGGAAUCAGUAGAAGUCCUUCGCGAGCGUUUGAACCAAAUGAAGCGUCUGAUUGCUGAACGACAAUCCCAGAACAGCAGCGGCAGUGCCUCUGACCUCUGGUCCCCUCAGACCAGAUCCACCUGUAGUGGCAUAAUCGAUGGUAAUUUUCUGUCGAUGGCUUUCGGUGGGGCCCUGAUUGUGAUCCUAUCGGUAUCGGUGUACGCAUUCUACAAUUUGUACCAUGCCGUACUCAAAAAGUUCCCAUCUCAGCACACGGAGCUGUAAGCUGGUGGCGCUCGCAUGAAAAUGUUUUGUGCCAAAUACAUAUACGGAAGUGAGUUGCAUUUCGAUCGUGAACCGACAAAUGGGCGAAACUAACAAAUGUACACAAACAGAGAUUUGAUUAAUAUCUGAAAGAGGAUUAAAAAUACUUUAUAAAAA